UGGCAGUUGUCAUCGUGUUGUUGCGGAAGUCCCGGAAACGUCGUGGUAAUUUUGUACCCUGUGCCAGUUGCAGUCAUUUUUUCAGAACCUAUAUUGCUUACUGCUUUGUGUUUUUGGCGUCGUUGUUUGCGUGAAAAACUUGAGUUAUGGCAGGUCUAAAAUACGCAGGUAUGGAUGAUACAGAUAGUGAGGACGAAUUACCUCCAGGGUGGGAGGAGAGAUCUACGAAAGAUGGAUGGGUCUACUAUGCAAAUCAUGAUGAGAUGAAGACACAGUGGGAACACCCGAAGACAGGAAAGAAAAAACGCUGUGCUGGAGAUUUACCAUAUGGUUGGGAGCAAGAAACAGAUGAAAAAGGACAGAUCAUUUAUGUUGAUCACAUUAACAAGCGGACCACAUAUUUUGACCCACGCCAAGCAUUUACAGUAGAAGAUGUGAUGGUGAAGCCAAAACGGUAUGACGGAAACACUGCCGCUCUAGAGAUCCUGCAAGGUCGUGACCUCUCUGACAGAGUUGUGGUCAUUACUGGGGGCAACUCAGGCAUUGGCUUUGAGACGGCCAGGUCUUUUGCUCUUCACGGUGCCCAUGUGGUCCUGGCAUGUCGAAACCUGUCCCGGGCCAGCAAGGCUGUUAACCUUAUACACCAGGAGUGGCACAAAGCAAGAGUAGAAGCCAUGAUGUGCGACCUGGCCUCUCUUCGAAGUGUCAGGGAGUUUGCUGACUCUUUCAAAGCCAAGAAACUGCCCCUGCACAUUCUGGUGUGUAAUGCAGCAGUGUGCACUCAGCCCUGGAGCCUGACAGAAGACGGCCUGGAGUCCACCUUCCAGAGCUGCCAUCUAGGUCACUUCCUCCUUGUUCAGUGUUUGCAGGAUGUGCUGUGUCGCUCAGCCCCCGCCCGGGUUGUGGUUGUGUCUUCGGAGUCUCACAGGUUCACGGAUCUAUUGGACUCAUGUGGCAAGUUGGACUUGGCCCUGUUGUCUCCCCCAAAGACGGCCUACUGGUCCAUGCAGGCUUACAAUCGGGCCAAACUCUGUAACAUCCUCUUCAGCAAUGAGCUCCACCGCCGCCUCUCACCUCAUGGUGUCACCUCCAACUCAGUGCAUCCUGGGAACAUGAUGUAUACCUCCAUUCACCGGAACUGGUGGCUGAUGACCUUUCUCUUCAUGCUGGUUAGGCCUUUCACAAAGUCUAUGCAACAAGGGGCGGCCACCACUGUGUACUGCGCUGUAGCUCCAGAGCUGGAGGGGUUAGGCGGCAUGUACUUUAACAACUGCUUCCGCUGUCUGCCGUCCAUCCAGGCCCAGGACCAGAGCAGUGCUGUCAGCCUGUGGGAGCUGAGCGAACGCCUGGUUGCAGAGAGGUCAGCAGGCAUACAGGCCCUCUGAUAGACAGAGGAGGAGAGGGGGAAGGGGACCGGCCAAACAGGAAUCAGGGAGGAAGGAUGGUGGGUCAUGGUGAUAUCCAGUUAGGUAUGAAUUGAAGAAAAGGUAACUGUACUCUGACUGCACUAUACAAGAGAGCUGCCAAACCACAGAAGUCCAUCUGGAUAUUUCACAUCACAAUGAGGGCUAAAACACACUAGAUAUACAGUACUGGGGUGGUGUCAUAUACACUCUAUUGAAAAAGUCAGGGUUGUGUUCAGAUCUGCUGUGGUAGUUUACAAUGGGGGGGAUGAUCUGGGACAUUAAUGUUUGUUUUUGUCUCGGCAGCUUUUCACAACUCAAGUCAUCUGCAGGUCUGUUUAAAAGAGCAAAGUUCGACAAAGCAAACAACCUUUCUCACUGACAGUACUGAAGUAUUAGUUACCUAAUAAGCACACACUCUAUGGCAUAUGUGCCUGAUUCCAGCAGUAGUGCACAAUAUGGUAAAUAUUACGUCUUCCCAAUUAAUGUCUAAUUAUUCAGUAUCCUCUUGUCUAGUUCUACGUGGGUGUCGAUGUUUCCUAUUGAGAUAUGAGCGUCGGCUGAUCACUGUGCUAAAUCUUUUGGGGCACAGAAGAAAUAAGGAGCAAUGGGUGCAUGAUAUUUAUGGAUAUAUAAACACACUAGAUGUAUGAUUCUUAUGUCUAUAUACAUUAAUCUGCAAUAGUUUUAUUUCUUAUCAAUGUCCCUAUUCGUUUUCUGUACACUAUUUACACCAUCCUGAUUUCUGGGCAUGUGCUAAAGGGGUGUGGACAUCAUAUUUUGUUCAGUUUACUAUUUGACUAAUAAUCUUUACUCUGCUAAGAUGUAUUACAAUUUGGAGGUAUUUAAGGGAAUGAUCUGUGUCCAUUUGAUUAGCAAAUAUAGAUGGUGGAGAAUCUUAUUUGCAGAGUCCAUGAUCUUUAAUUUCUGUUUCUUCAAGAUUUCAGUCUUCUGCUUUUUUUUUUCUUUUAAAAUAUCGUCGUUGUUUUAAUAUUGAACACUGGCUUUGGGUUUGCUGUGGAUUGGUGACCAUGAAGCCACUGUUGGGUUGCUUUUGAGACAUUGUGCUUUAUGGCAGUCUGGGUAGGUUUGCCUUUGAAACAUCAGCAUUCCAGUGUUGUAUCUGGAAAAAAGAGAGAGAGAAAUCAUUCAAUAAAAAUCAGUUUUACAGGAAAGUGUGUGAAAUCCUUUCAGCCACAGAAAGUGAAAGUCCAUUCAUUUGAAGGCCAUUGGGGGAGAUAUUUGUGAAGGGAGCUGACAAGUAAGCAACACUGACGACUAAGUAAGACUGUAUGAGAUGAAAGACAUUUAUUUGUACAUUCAUGUGUGUUUAAUGAUGCAUUCAAUAAAACA